AUGGCUGCCCGUCCCGAGAACAUUGGCAUCAAGGCCAUCGAGAUCUACUUCCCUAGCCAGUAUGUCGAGCAAUCCGAGCUAGAGAAGUUCGAUGGCGUUAGCACUGGCAAGUACACCAUCGGCCUCGGCCAGACGAAGAUGUCAUUCUGCGACGAUCGUGAGGACAUCUAUUCCUUCGGCCUGACCGUGGUCUCGAAUCUUCUCAAGAAGUACAACAUCGACCCCAACUCGAUUGGCCGCCUUGAGGUCGGCACCGAGACUCUUCUUGACAAGUCCAAGUCGGUCAAGUCCGUGCUCAUGCAGCUCUUUGGGGAGAACACCAGCAUUGAGGGUGUUGAUACUAUGAAUGCUUGCUAUGGUGGCACCAAUGCUCUCAUGAACGCCGUCCACUGGAUCUCGUCGCCCUUCUGGGACGGUCGUGACGCCAUUGUGGUCGCUGGUGACAUUGCCCUCUAUGCGAAGGGCAAUGCCCGCCCCACCGGCGGUGCCGGCGCCGUUGCCAUGCUUGUCGGCCCCAACGCCCCCAUCGUCGUCGAGCCUGGCCUGCGCGGUACCUACAUGCAGCAUGCCUACGACUUCUACAAGCCCGACCUCACCAGCGAGUACCCCUACGUUGAUGGCCACUUUUCCGUCACCUGCUACACCAGGGCUCUCGAUGCUGCCUACCGCGAUUACUGCCAGCGCGAGGCCAAGCUCGCCAAUGGCCACGCCAAUGGACACGCUGUCGACUCGUCCAAGACCUCCCUCGACCGCUUCGACUACCUGACCUUCCACGCCCCGACCUGCAAGCUGGUGCAAAAGUCGUACGCCCGUCUGCUCUACCACGACUACCUGGCCAACGCCGACAGCCCCCUCUUUGCCGAGGUUGCCCCUGAGCUCCGCGACAUGGAGUACGAGAAGUCGCUCACUGACAAGGCCGUCGAGAAGACCUUCAUGACCCUCACCAAGAAGAAGUUCCAGGACAGGGUCAAUCCCAGCAUCCAGGUCGCCACCAUGUGCGGCAACAUGUACUGCGCUAGCGUUUGGGGCGGCCUGGCUAGCUUGAUCUCCCACGUCGACGAUGCUGAUAUCGUCGGCAAGCGCAUCGGCCUGUUCAGUUACGGCUCGGGCCUGGCUGCCAGCUUCAUGUCGUUCCGUGUCAAUGGCAGUGUGGCCUCCAUCGCCAAGGUCCUGGAUAUUCCCAAUCGGUUGACCGCGCGGAGACAGGUUUCCCCCGAGACUUACGACUCGAUGUGCGAGCUCCGUAAGCAGGCUCACCUCCAGAAGAACUACACUCCCAAGGGUGAUCCUAGCACCAUUGCCCCAGGCACUUACUACCUCGAGAAGGUGGACGACAUGUUCCAGCGCGAGUACUCCGUCAAGGCGUGA